GUUUAAGGAAAUGGUUUUUAUACACUAAUAUACAAAUUUUUUGUUAAUCUGUUUUUUUGUCAUCUAAAUAGUUUCUUAGACAUGUGAACUAUCAACACUAGCUUAGAGCAUCUCCAACCCUUCUCUAUAUUUGCCUCUAAAUGCUAUAAUAGAGUAAAAUCAGCUCCAACCCACCCCUAUUUCUUCCCCAAAAAUAGAAAUUGCUAUUUUUUCCUCUAUAUUUAGGGGAAAAAAUAGCAUUCCUCUAUAAUAGAGGUAAACUUUUUUAUUUACAAAGUAGUCCUCAAACUUUUUAUGAUUGUAACUAAAAUAUUUGUGUAUGAAGAAAUACAAUUCUUACAAUAUAAAAUCACAGUUUUUUGUUUACAUACUAAUUAUUAAUUUUUAUAACUAUAGUUAUAAUUAAAAUAAAAUUAUUAUUAUUUAUUUAAAAGUCAAUUAUAAUUAAAAUAAAAUAAAAAGGUUAUUAUUUUAUUUAAAAGUCAAAGACUUUUUAUUUAAAUAUUAAUCAAUACAACAUAUUAAAACAACUUAAUACUCCAAAGAAAAAAUAUUUUGCAGCACAACAAGAAGCAUGUAGAAAAGAUGUAGAACAUGCAUUCGGAGUUUUACAAUCACGUUUUGCGAUUGUGAAAGGCAUGUACGUUUUUGGAAAAACAAAGUACUACAUGAUAUAAUGACUAAAUGUAUAAUUUUACAUAAUAUGAUUAUUGAGGACGAGCGUGAUCUCGAUGCACCGAUUGGAAUUGGAAGAGAAGCUCCACCUCCGGAAGUCCAAAUACCAGAUAAUGAAGAUAACCGAUUCCAAGAGUUUCUAAGUCGAUUCAGAAAAAUCAAAGAUAAAGAAGCUUAUUUCUCACUUUGGAAUGCAUUAAUUGAUCAUUUAUGAGAAACAUUUAGUAAUAAUGAUUGUUAGAUAAUGGUACUUUGUUUUUUUUUGUCUAAUGUCUUUUGUAAUAAAAUGUUUAAUUUAAAUAAUAUUGUAAUUUUAUGAAAAAAAUUCAAAAAAUAUAAUGAAUGGGUUAAUUUUCAACAUUUACAAGUUAGAGGUGUAAAAUAUAAAAUAAAAAAAGAAUCUUCCAAGAAUAUUCCUUUUUAGGGGAAAAAAUAAAGGAAUACAUUGGAGAGAAACUCACUUCUAUUAUAGAGUUCCUCUAUUAUAGAGAAAAAAAUAGAGAAAUACAUUGGAGAUGGUCUUAGACACUAGAAUCAAUUGAUUAAGAAAUGGGUUGCCACCCGUGAUUGUGAAAUCUCAUAAAUUAUGUAUUAAAUGCUUAGAGCAUCCGCAACAGCAAACUUUAAGGGGAGUCCUUAGAGAAAAAAUAAUUAAAUAAUCAGUGGAUCCCAUCAAAAAUUAAAGAUUCAAUCUUUAAAAUUCAUAAAUAAAAACUCGUUUUAAUGAAUCAUUGCACUAUUUGUGGUACUCUACGACAUGUGGUAGCCCGUGAUUGAUUAGUAUUUUUUUAUCUGAAAAAAAAAUAAUAACUAAAAAAAUCAAAAAACAUUUUUUUUAAGGACACCAUUGGAGAUGCUCUUAUAUUGUUGGUAAUCUUAGGGCCUUGUUCAUCUCAUAACCAAACAAAUGCUGUUUUUUUUUUCUUUUUCGAAAGAAACAAAAUGUUGUAUUUAUUUGUUGGUUAUAGACUUAUUGUCUGAGGAAUUUACAUUUUAACUAGCAAGCGCAGGUGUAUUUACACUUUCUAACUUGGGACGAUUGUCUUUAUUUUGGAGAAACAAAAAACACAGUUCCUGGGUUUCUUUAUUGAGGUAAAUAAUAAUAAUAAUCUAAAAAGUUUUUCUUAAUAUAUAUAAGAAAUUAAAAGUAGUUCAAAGGAUUAGACACCAAGUAUCUGGCUUGCGCCUUUGCGCCCAUGCCUAACUUACAUGUAACUUACUUUCGUAAUGGAUUAUUAAUUAACUUGAAGGAACCAUUUAGCAAGUAAAAGUCCAAUGAACACGCUCCUGGAAGAUGUACAAAACCUACGUAAUGUUUUGAAAUUUGUAUUGGUUACUUGUUCAUUGUUCGGAAAAAAACAAUAAUUCCAUUAGCUUACAAAUCUGUAAGGAUUACUUUCAAGAUUAAAUCCUAUAAAAUAUUGACAUCCGUUAAAAAAGUUUAUAUUGCAAAGUCUUAAAUCCUUGAACUUGUUUCCAAAAUUUUAAACUCAACAAUCAAUCUUAAAAAACUACUUUCCAAUUUCUGUGUGUUAGAAAAUCUGGAGAAGUCAACUGAAAAUAUGUCAAAAAUAUACGUUACUAGAUAUAUAUAAGCAAUAGAAGUUAAUAAAAUAUACAUAAGAAGUUAUAUUGACAAUAUAGCAUAUUUUGGUCAACUAUCAAUAAUUUAUGAAGGAGUUAUCUUAUAACUAGUGUUACUUCAAACGAAUUCUUCAUGUAAAAAACAUUAUAAAUAUCAACAUCAUAUAAUGCAUCAAAUACACUAUAGACUUGUUUAACCAAAACAAAGUAUAUAAUCAAUGGCAUCAUCAUCACAUAUAUACAUUGCUCUCUUGGCUCUUUUUGCAGUCUCUUUAAAAUGUUGUUAUUGCCAAAAUGAAACGUUAGCUGCCGGCUGGGGCAACGCUGGUGUUACUUGGUACGGUGAGCCUGAGGGCGCCGGUAGCACAGGAGGAGCUUGUGGAUAUGGCAUGGUAGUAGCUAACCCACCGCUAUACGCGAUGGUUUCAGCCGGAGGCCCUUCACUAUUCAACAAUGGACAAGGAUGUGGAACAUGUUAUCAGAUUGUGUGCACCGGGACUGCAGCGUGUUCAGGGAGACCAAUAACGGUGACGAUAACCGACGAGUGUCCCGGUGGUCCUUGCGCCUCCGAACCAUUCCAUUUUGACCUUAGCGGCAAAGCUAUCGGUGCCUUAGCCAAACCUGGCCAAGCUGGUAGUCUUCGAGCCGCUGGUGUUCUACGUGUUAGUUAUAGACGAGCUCCUUGUUUAUAUAGAGGGACUAAUAUAGCUUUCCAUGUUGAUGCCGGAGCAACCCCUUUCUACAUGGCAUUUGUUGUGGAAUAUGAAAACGGUGACGGAGAUUUGGCCUCUGUUGAAAUUCAACCGGCUGGCGGAGGAUUUAUAGCCAUGCAAGAGAUGAGGUCCGCCCUGUGGAAAGUAAACUCCGGCAGUGCUCUGAGAGGUCCGUUCAACAUUAGACUUACAUCUCGCGAGUCUCGUAAAGUAGUGGUCGCUCAGGGGGUUAUUCCCGCAAAUUGGAGAGCCGAUCAGACUUACCGGUCAAUCAUUAACUUUUAGAGUUUCACUGUUGGUCAAAUUGUAUUUCACUCAUUUCGUCGCUCGCUCCUACACAAAAUACUGUGGAGAAGAAGCUUUUUUAAAAUUGUUUUUUUAGUAAUAAUCAAUUCUAUUAUAACAAAAACGAGUUUAUCAUAUGCGCCCAUAUAUUUACUAUUUUACUAAAUUAUCUAAAUCAAGGGAAUUCUCACUGUACAAGAAAUAUGAAAAAUAUAUGUCUAUAUGUUUUUAUCUUUUUUUUUUGAAAACGUGUUUUUAUCUUCUAUACAAAUGCUAGGGACCUUUAUAUAAUUAUAAUUAAGAUAUAUAAUAUAACCAUAUGUCCCAUAUAUGGAAACAUGAAGUGAAAUUAUAUAUGAUUGAUUAAAAGGAAAAUGUACGUAGAAAUAUAAAUAAAUUAGUACUUCUACGCGUAAGUAUUUUCUGGAAAAUUAUAUUGAAAAAAACUUAAAAGAGAUUUUCAGCAUCAUACAAAAAUAUGAAUUCGUAUGAUCACCGACACUAACCACUAAUACA